UCUUUGGAAUAUUGUAAAGCAGAUAGAAAUCUCUUUGUGGAAUACCCUUAGCACAAACAAUGUGCACUAUGCGGGAGGAAGCGGGAGAGCGCGUGCGUGCGCGACCACCUCGAACAGGUAGCCGAGACCUCUUCCCUACCGCAAAGGAUCGUAGCAAACAUUGCCCAAGGUCUAUCGAUACGAGGUUUGGUACCGAUUGCCAUACUCAUUCGCUCGCGGAGAGCUCUCUGGGAAGGCCUCACCUUGUAUUAACACACUCUGACUCGGUGCGCCGCGCCGCGCCGCGCCGUCCGGGCAAAAGUUUCUCUUUCUGUGGCGGGCUCCUCCGCUCGAUCGUUACUUUCAGUUCUUCGAGCACAUUCAAGCAAAUCGGUUGGCUUCGGCUUCCUCUUACUCCCACUCGGACAACGAACCACGGACAACGGACAACGAGCCACGGAAUACGCUGCUGUUGAACUCAAGAGAACCCACUUGAGGCCAUGGCAAAACUGCUGAUCACGCUGAUGAUCAUUGGGAUCGGCUAUGCAGCGCCGCCGAAUGCCUGCGAUCUCAGCCAGCAUCGCUGCCUCAUCGAUGUUACCGCGGAGGGGGGCGGCACAAAGCUGUGGCAUGUGCCCUCCGAUGUCGACAUAACCCUGCAGUGCUUCCGUCAGCAGGCCAGAUGGUUCUUUCAGGACAGGCCCCUGUACAACGGCACCUUCCUGCGACUGGAGCGGGUCCAGUCCAGACAUUCGGGGAGCUACGGCUGUGUAGACAGCCUGAAUCGGUGGCUGAAUGUCACUUUGAAAAUUGGCUCCCCCAAGGAGCAGGCUGACAACGACAUUGCCAGCUUCGCCAAGGUGGAUCCACAUCCGACACCCCAGCAAAUUCCCAGCGGCAGCUCGGACACGGAUCUCUUUUUCCAACCACUGAAUGUGAGCCUUAGCCUUCCACAAAUGGCCCAGAGAUUGCCCGAUUCCGUCCAGCGCACGGCGGGCGGCCUCUUCCAGUUAAGCUGCAGCCCCUUGAAGCUGGAUGCCGUGGGAGUGAACAUAUCCUGGCUGCACAACGACACGCAGGUGCUUGGCGGUCGGGGCCGCAUCAAGCUCAAGAGAUGGUCCCUGACUGUGGGUCUGCUGCAGCCCGAGGAUGCCGGCACCUAUCGCUGCCAGCUGUGCUCCGUCCAGGGCUGUACCGGCAGCAAUCCCACCCAGCUGGAGGUGACGAGUCGCAUCCACACGGCCCCAGUCCUGCGACCGGGCUAUCCCCGGAAUGUCAGCACCGCCCUGAGCGACACGGUCAACUUCCAGUGCCCGCUGGAGGACUCCCAGCUGCAGCCGCAAAUCAAGUGGCUCCACCAGGAGAUCGGUGGCAGCAUACAGCUGUUGGUGGAGCGCCUUAAGGAGCAGUCGCAGGAUCUGCCGCCGGAUGUGCAGCAAUUGCCCACCAUCAAGGACGAGCCGGAGGUGCUGCGCCUGGGGCAUGUCCAGUUUGAGGAUGCCGGCUGGUACAUCUGCAUCGCCGAGAACCAAGUUGGACGCACUGUGGGUGCGGCCUAUCUGGAACUGCACACCGCCCUGAGCACUAGCACGAUGCGGGUGGACACCACAGCGAGCACCACCACCACAACGUCCCUGCGCGCCAACACCCUGGACACAGAUGAUGAGGCGGAUGAUGCUGCCGGUGAUGCGACAGCCGGGGAGCGUCCGCCGGUGUUCAAGAAGCAGCUAGAGCGCCUGCAGCACUCGGUGGCCGGCAAGACGAUCACCCUCUCCUGUCCAGUGGCCGGAAAUGCCAGCAUCACCUGGACUCGGGACAGCAAGCCCCUAAAGCGGCGCGAAGGCAGCUAUGUCCUGAAGAAGUGGAAGCUGCUUAUCGACGAUGCCACCUCCGACGACUCGGGGAUCUACACUUGCCAGGUGUGCAACGGCCGCGGCUGCAUCAAGUUCGAUUUCAGUGUCGAGAUCAACGAUCGCUUCCGCGCCCCUCCGAUCAUCAUGGUGCCCCAGAACCAGACAGUGCAGGUGAAUGGGAGCGUGACUAUGGAGUGCUCGGUACUGUCCGAUCUGAACCCCACCGUUCGAUGGAUCCGAGUAGUGCCCAGGAAUCGAUCGGAGGCGGGCAGUCGCGUGGAGUCGGCGACGGCUGCGUCGGAAGAUGCGGACGUUGUGCAGAUCCCAUUGAACACCACACUGGACCAGGAGCAUAUCCUGCAGCUGAACAAUGUCACCCACGAUCAUGAGGGAUGGUACACCUGUACCUCCUCCACUACGCUGGGGACCAGCAACUCCAGCGUGUAUCUGCGCGUGGUGGACUAUUCGCCGCACAUGAAGGUGUACGCCCUGCUGCACAGCCAUCCCUUGGGCUUCACUGUGGCCGCCGUCAUGAUCGUGGCCUUGUUCCUGCUAGGCAGCGCCUUCAUCGUGUACAUGCUGCGCCGCCUGAGGCGCGAGAAGCUGCUGAAGCAUCGCAUCGAGACGGUGCAUCAGUGGACCAAAAAGGUUAUUAUCUAUCGGCCGGCCAGCGCGGAGGGCAGCUCCUGUUCCGCUGGCGAUCUUCAGAUGCCGGUGAUCAAGAUCGAGAAGCAGAGAACCACCUUCUCCACAACCGGUCCGGGCAGUGCCGAUUCCUCGCAGGGCUUCAACGAGUACGAGUUCCCGCUGGACUCCAACUGGGAGAUUCCCAGGCAACAAUUGUCGUUGGGCUCCAUACUGGGCGAGGGCGCCUUCGGCCGGGUGGUGAUGGCCGAGGCCGAGGGCCUGCCACGUAGCCCCAACAUGGCCGAGACCAUCGUGGCCGUCAAGAUGGUAAAGGAGGAGCACACGGACGCGGACAUGGCCAGCCUGGUGCGGGAAAUGGAGGUCAUGAAGAUGAUUGGCAAGCACAUCAACAUUAUUAAUCUGCUCGGCUGCUGCAGCCAGGGAGGGCCCCUCUGGGUCAUCGUCGAGUUCGCGCCCCACGGCAAUCUCAAGGAUUUCCUCAAGCAGAAUCGGCCGGGAGCACCGCAGCGGCGCAGCGACAGCGAUGGGUAUCUGGAUGACAAGCCACUGAUGCCGCAGCAGCAUCUGGGGGAGAAGGAGCUGACCAAGUUCGCCUUUCAAAUCGCCCGCGGCAUGGAGUAUCUGGCCUCGCGACGGUGCAUUCAUCGCGAUCUGGCAGCCCGAAAUGUGCUCGUCAGCGAUGGCUAUGUAAUGAAGAUAGCCGACUUUGGCCUGGCCAGAGACAUUCAGGACACAGACUACUACAGGAAGAACACCAACGGACGACUGCCCAUCAAGUGGAUGGCUCCCGAGUCGCUGCAGGAAAAGAAGUACGACUCACAGAGCGAUGUGUGGAGCUAUGGUGUGCUGCUGUGGGAGAUCAUGACCUACGGAGAGCAGCCCUAUCCGCAAAUCAUGUCCGCCGAGGAGCUUUACAGCUAUCUGAUCACGGGGCAGCGCAUGGAGAAGCCGUCCAAGUGCUCGCUCAACAUCUACGUGGUGAUGCGGCAGUGCUGGCACUUUGAGUCGUGUGCCAGGCCCACGUUCUCGGAGCUGGUGGAGAGCUUCGAUGGAAUACUGCAGCAGGCGAGCAGCAAUCCCAACGAUGCUUACCUGGAUGUAUCCAUGUCCAUGCUGGAGACACCGCCCUCGUCAGGGGAUGAGGACGAUAGCUCUGAAACAGAAACAUUCCGAGAGACUUUACCGCUUAGAUAUCAAUAUACGUAUAAGUUUAACUAGAACUAGAACUAGAACUAGAAAUACUCGUAGGCACAACCGCAACCAAGAACUUCCAGCGAGUUAAUAAAAUCCCAUCGAUAUUA